CGGCGUGUCGCUGUCACUCGUACACGCUGCCACAGCCAUGUCGCUCAGUAACAGUAACGACUCGUCGUCAGUUGCGCAAACUCGGAGCACAGGAAGCAGGAGGCCGAGGCGGUGACUUCACACUUUGACGUCGCUGCCGUCCGAGCUCAAUUCAGGGUCCAUGCUUGGAAAGACAAAAAAUGUUGAGCGACAUUUCAAACCAUUCCUCCUCCCAAACUCUUCUACAUACCUCCUACUACAAUAACUUAUCCAAUUGGUUACACAACUCACCAUGGCCGAAAACGAAGAAAUCUCCCAAGUCACCUACGAGGAGCUCGCCUCCAUCGAGAGCGAGUUCGAAGAAAUCGACAAUGAAAUCAUGAAAAAGCAAUACGAACUCAGCAAAGCCGCCUACAGCAAACGCGCCACCGCAAUCACCAAAAUCCCCAACUUCUGGCCCCUCGUAAUCGAAGCCUCCCCACCCGAAAUCGACGGCUUCGUCCACCCUCAAGACUCCAAAAUCUUCGCCGAAAGCCUCACCAACAUCUCCGUCUCCCGUCACGAACUCGACUCCACUCCACAAGGCCACCCACGUUCCGUCACUAUCACUUUCGAAUUCAAAGAAAACGACGCAUUCGAGAACAAAGUCCUAGAGAAGAAAUUCUGGUAUCGUCGCGCAAGUGACGGCUGGGUAGGACUCGUUUCCGAACCCGUAAAAAUCACCUGGAAAAAAGGUCAAGAUUUGACUGAAGGGUUGACGGAUGCUGCUGUCGCAUUAUUCGAAGCGAGGAAGAAGACGGGGGAUUUGACGAAUAAGGGAUUGCCCGAGUAUACUGCUUUGAAGAAGAAAUUGGAGCAUUCGAAUGGACAGAAUACUUCUUUUUUCAGCUGGUUUGGAUUUGUGAGUAGUCGACGAUGGGUCAGCGCUGAGGAGGCGGAGAAAGCGGAGAAAGAGCAUCAGGCGAGAUUGGAGAAGAGGAAGAAGGGGGAGAAGGUUGAGAUGCCUGAGGAAGAAGAGGAUGAUGAUGAGGAGGAGAUGUAUGGUGAUCAGGCUGUGGAGGUGUUUGAUAAUGGGGAUGAUUUGGCUACGACUUUGGCGGAGGAGAUUUGGCCUAAUGCGAUCAAGUAUUUCACGCAGGCGCAAGAGAUGGAUGAUGCGGAGUUGUCUGAGAUGGAUUUUGAGGAUAUGGAUGAGGACGAUGAGGAGGGGGAUGAUCAGCCUGUGGAUAUCAGAGCGCUUGUUGGGGAUAAGGGUGGUAAGGGUAAGCGACAGAGCGAUGUUGGUCCUCCGGCCAAGAAACAAAAGAAGUAAACGAGAAGUUGCCCAGGUUCAGCAGGAAGGUAGAUCGAAGGAAAGCUGUCAGGCGAAGUCAGGAUAGAUAGCUUAUUAGCGAAGGAGAAAGCUCCAGCUAUGCUUCCUCGACAGGAGUGGAGAUCUGGAGCGUGCAAUGAGAAUAGCAUACUGUGCAUACCCACUCCUAUUGUAACGUGACGCGACUUCUAUCUUGAACAACG